AAGACAGGCUGUCUGCAGAGCAGAAAGGAGGGAAAGGGAGUGCAGUGGCUGCACAGUUUGCAGCACACGCUCACCCAUCUCCUGGUACCUGCAGAGCACAGAGAGGCCCUGCUGCGGUCCGUGCAGCGUCCCAAGCCUUGCUGCGAGGAAUGUCGCCAGCCACUCCUGGGACAGGAGAGAGGACAGUACCCGGCAGUGGCUGUGGGAAUGUGGUCCCAUGGGGAAUCGGCCUCUCGGGUGUCCCGGCUGCCAGGGGCACUCAGAGCACGGCGGCGUUCACUGCACAGCCUCUGGCAAUUCGCAGAAACACGCAGCUUGCAUUCAGGCUUGAUGUAUUCCGAGCUCAUGAAGAUUAAUCAGCUUUAAACGUAUGCUCAUAAGCCUAAUGCAGCAGGCACCAACGCUGUCGUAUUGAUGAUUUAUUUCUGUCAAGUAUAAAUAGGAUAUUCCUGUUUUCUCUAGUCAAAGUCAGCGAUGCAACACUUGACUCCCGCUGGCACCUUUUAUAUUAAAAAGGAUUUAUCAUUGUAAUACCUGGUCUUAGGUGUUAUACAGGAUAGCUUAAGGGCAUACUUCACAUAAAGUGCUUGACGGCGAUUGUGAAGUCAACAAGGCUACAAGGCUUACGGUUUCUUUUUUUUUGUUUGUUUGUUUUGGUUUGGGUUUUUUUUUGUUCUUUUUUUUUGUUUUGUUUUUAAUUCCAGCGUUUAUAACUGAAAAGACAAUGAAAACCUUCGUGCACCGAAGAAGGCGUUUAUCCUGGGGCUGUCCUGAAGUCACAGCGGGAGGCCGAGGCAGCCACAUGCCGCUCCCUCCUGAGAAAAAGGGGAGGCGAUGCUGGGAUGAGGAGACGCCGCCCCGGUGUCCCCCGGUAUCCCCCGGUGUCCCCGGUAUCCCUCGGUGUCCCCCGGUAUCCCCCGGUGUCCCCCGGUAUCCCUCGGUAUCCCCCGGUAUCCCCCGGUGUCCCCCGGUAUCCCUCGGUGUCCCCCGGUAUCCCCCGGUGUCCCCCGCCCCGCCCGCCCCCUGCAGGGAGCUGUGCCCUCAGUCAAGAUGGCGCCCCCAGUGUCCCCGAAGGGCUCUGCCGUUAGAGUGGCGAUGGUGAAGAUGGCGGCUGUUUCCCUGCGGCCUCCGCGGAAUUUGCCCUUGUCCAACAUGGCCGUUGCUGCCCAAUUACUUCCGCCGGUAGCGGCGUGCGUGUGCCCUCAGUGGAGACGGCUGAGCGCAGCGGCGAGAGGGCGCGGUGUGCUGGGGACUGCGAUGCACCCCAAUGGUACACAGCACCGAGUUCCCAUGUACAGCUUGAAUAAUCAGCUCCAUACCUGACUUCUCUUUGGAACUCACGGUUUUUGCCAAUACUCCUAACACUUCACCAGAGGCACUUCUGAGAGUUUCUCAGUGUUUUUUUACCACAUAAACAGGGUCAUAGGGCACUGCUGUUAUGUCCUGGGUACAAGUUGCAGUCAGCCAAUCCAGUGAGGAUGUAUUUGAUGAAGAUGCAGAUGAGAUGUAUCUACUACAGAAAGAAUGGAACAGCGCUAUGAAAAAGAGAUUGAAGGAAGGCUACAGGGAUGGAAUUGAAGCCGGGAAAGAACUUGCGCUCCAGACAGGCUUUAAUCAAGGUUACAGACAAGGUGCCGAGCUGAUGAUUACAUGUGGCCAGUUCAAAGGAACCCUGAAUGCUCUCCUAUCCUGGUGUCAUUUUAAUGGACAUGAUUCUGCUUUAAGUAUGAUAAAUAAUCUUCUUGAUGUGGUUGGAAAGCAUGAAGAUGAUGUGCUUAAGUAUCUGAAUUCUACUGAAGAACAGCAACAACCACAUCUUGGACACAUUUUAGACUCAAUUCAGGACAUGGACCUUAAUCACACAGCUGGGACAGAGUACAAAGAAGUUGAAGAUGGAAAACACAAAGACUCUGGCAGCUCCAGUAAAAACAUUUGUAGGAAUAAUGGUGAGGCUGGUUCCUGGCAGUCUGAGUGCAGCAAGGCAAACCUCUGCACAGAUCCUGAAAAGUCAGCCCUUGCUUGGGUUAAAAAGCAGACUGUUUGGUUAGUAGAGCAACUGGGUUUAUCACUGGAUGUACUCCAUCAUGUCCAGCAACUGGAAUAUUAGUUUUUCUGUCUCAUGGUACUUAAAACUAUCACAGCUGGUUUCAAUUCUUAGUUUGUGGGCCAUGUACCAGGCUGAUGUAUCACUUUUGUUUUAGGAAAAUAUGAUUUUGGUGCUUACAGUAGAAGUAAUUUUUGUAAAUCAUGAUUUUGGUUCCUGGCAAAACCCUUUACUUUCAGUCUUAAAGAUAACAUUCACAGAAAGGGGCAAUGGCUUGAAAGCUUUACAAAGUGUUAUUAAACAUGUUUCUGUUUUGUGUCAGGAGCUCCCAUCUGACCCUCAUUUUUUUCUUGGCAGCAGUUUGGAAAUGAAGUGGGUCCAUUAAAUAGCCCCUCUAAAUUGGUCCCCUCCAAUAAGAGUAGAAUAAAUGCUCAGUGCUAUAGAAGUGGUCAGUGUUUUUGCAGAAUAAGCUGCUGUUGAUGAUAUGCUGUGUUCAAAAUAGAACAUGAUAUGCUGCUGAUUCCUGGAGUGCUGUGACUCUCUAGACACCUUUUGUCAGAUUCAUUGUGUUGUCUUUUGUACCCAUGAUGCAAUGCACUUUCAAUGAUUGAAACUAUUUUCCCCUCCUUAUAUUUGUCCCUUUUGCUGAAAACACACCAGUUUCUUCAAAUGCAGAAUUGCUGACAAUUCCAUUGUUUUAUUCUUAGACAUCUACUGUUACCAUGUCAGACCACACUAAGCAUGCAUAAGCAUACUAAGCAUACUAAGCAUAAGUUUAAUGAACAUCCUUGUGUUAUUUUUGUAUUUAUUUUGUCAGUCCAUCUAGCCUGAACUCUUUCCCAUAUUCCAAUACUGUUUUUCUCAAAGUCUUCAAGGAAGCCAAGCUUAUUUACUACCUCUUUGAAACACAUCAGCCACACGUGCCUAUUUUUGAUUAUUUUGUAUUUCAGUAUCUAUUCUACAUUUGUCUGGCUUGCCCAUUGCUUCCCUUAACUGUAAAUUGCUCAGAAAUUUUUUUCUUUGUGAAUGCCUCUGUUUUACAUUAAUAAAACUGAUUUAUAGUAAGUUA